CAAUUCUUCACGAUUGCGAUUGUCCAGACACACACACACAACAACACAAGCACCCCCUGGUUGUGGCGUUGUCUGUGCUCUGCGCUGCGUCGUGUGUUGUACGAAGGACUUGUUGCUUGUUUGGCCGUGUGUGUUUGUGACGGAGCAGCCAAAGAGGUGUGUGUGUGUGUGUGAACGGCGUGGUUGUUGAGUUUCUUCUUGUGGGGCUACGUCGACAGAGCAAUUGUGCGAUUGAUUAGGCGCGAGAAGGAGGGAGGACCUCAUUCUCAUCGGGGUUGUUGUCGUGGUUGCUGUUGAAUGCUCAACGACAAGUGUCAAGUUGUGUGUCGCAUCAGUUGUUGUUCCCAUCUCCGAUACGUUUUUGUCUUUGUACCACACCCGAGCCAUCCACUCCCAUGGGGUGUCGCAUUAGCCAACAUCGGCCAGAGAUGUCAACGCACAAAGGGCAGUAUGAUGACGACGAACGUGUCGAGCACAUCAGUGAUAGACAAGAUCACCUCGACCAUGAGAUCCAAGUACUGCACAACGUGCUGCCGCUGUCAUCAGAGGCGCCAUCGCCGCCCUCCCGGAAGCUUUCACGGAGCACAUCCCGCCGAUUCUCGGUGGCAGAGGACGAUUUACAGCCGCUAGAACUUGCCAAUUCGCGCAAGUUCAACUCCACCUCCACCCUCUUUGUUGACAGCACCGUCAGCAGUCCAAACCUCGAGGAAACGCUUCGCUGCGUUGCCUUGGCACUUUCAUAUGUCGUCGAGGACGGCCACAAGCAGGACAACCCUCGCCUCUUUAGCGAGAAAUUCGACGAGAAGCGCCACCCAAUCACCGAUCGCGUACGGCGUGAUUACGCUUCUCGCAUUCCCAGCGAAAACCGCAUCUACAAAUUCAUGUUUCAGCUGUUCAACUCAGCACAGCUGACAGCGGAGUGUGCAAUCAUCACGCUCGUGUACGUGAACCGCCUCAUUGCGUACACGAGCCUUACCCUGCACGCGUCCACGUGGAAGCGCGUUGUGCUUGGCGCCAUCUUGCUUGCCUCCAAGGUGUGGGACGACCAGGCCGUGUGGAACGUCGACUUCUGCAGCAUGCUCCCGAGCGUCGCCGUCGAGGACAUGAACGAUUUGGAACGCACUUUCCUGGAGAUGUUGGACUUCAACAUUGAUGUUGACUCGUGCGUGUAUGCAAAGUAUUACUUUGAACUCCGUGCGCUGGCGGAAAAGUUUGAAAAGGACUUUCCUCUCAAGCCCCUCAACAAAGACCAGGCAAAGAGGCUUGAGGCGCUCUCUGAGCGGCGCCACGAUCUCAUGAAAGGGUUUGGCAUGAGGGGCGCACAGAGCCUCGACCCAGACGAGUUCAGAGCCAAGGCCAUCAUCUCGUGAUGCUCAUGGGCGGUGUCUUGUGUUGGUUUGUGUUACCUUACCCUGCCUUGUCCCAUUUUAUUGGUGCUGUGUAUUGCGUGCGCGUGUUUGUUUGUCAUGUAAUGUAUGUGUGGGCGGGCGAGCAAACAGCAUGGUCGACAGCUGGGCAUCCCUCUCCCCGACACGCCCACGCCCACGCCCACGCCCACGCCCACGCCCACGCCCUUCUUCCUAUUGCGAGCCAGCACCAACAAGCAAGACUGUAACAGCGGAGGGACACGCCUCGUGCUGCGAGACAGCAUCCGUGUCCCGGCACCCCUUCACCACCACGCGCCCCACCCCCUUCCUCUACCUCCUCCCGCUGUGCUGCAACUGCGAUCACACCCGACAAGGGCUGCAGCGCGCGCACGUGUAUGUGUCGUUCAUUGCAUAUUGUUCAGGAUAGCCCCAUCCCCCAGACAUAUUUUGAUGAUGAUUUGAUGCCAUUCGUGUUUGUGUCGCCAUUGCUGUUGUACGUACUGGUGGCUGCACCCAUCCAUGCCUUGUGCGCUUCCUUGAGUAACUCGACUUGAUGUGAAUAAAGCAACAGCAAAGAACA